GCGCGGUCGGGGCGGAGGCGCGGGGCGGCGCACGUGGGUGCUGGCGCGGCGGCGGGGCUUAUGGCGGGCUCGGCUGGGCUGGCUGUGUGCGGGCAGGCGCUGGUGGUGCGGGGCGGCAGCCGCUUCCUGGCCACCACCACCGCGAGCAGUGAUGAAGACGACAGCCUCUUCACAUAUGAUUGCAGUACUGCGGAAAAGAAGUCACAGGAAAAUAAAGGGGAGGACGGACAGCCCGUGGAGAAGGGGAGUGACACGAUCCUGGCGUCCACCUUCUCCAAGUCUGGCAGCUAUUUUGCUUUAACUGAUGACAGUAAGCGUCUGAUUCUUUUCCGUACAAAACCAUGGCAAUGUCUGAGUGUCAGGACCGUGGUGAGGAGGUGCACGGCCCUGACCUUCACGGCCUCUGAGGAGAAGCUUUUGGUGGCAGACAAGUCUGGGGACGUUUACUCCUUUUCAGUGCUGGAGCCGAAUGAAUGCGGAAAACUUGAACUUGGGCACCUGUCAAUGCUGCUGGAUGUGGCCGUGAGUCCUGACGACCGCUACAUCCUCACCGCCGACCGGGACGAGAAGAUCCGGGUGAGCUGGGCCUUGGCACCGCACAACAUCGAGUCCUUCUGCCUGGGGCACACCGAGUUCGUGAGCCGCAUCUUCGUGGUGCCCGACCACCCUGAGCUGCUGCUGUCCUCAUCCGGGGACUGCACCCUGAGGCUCUGGGACUACAGACGUGGCCAAGAGCUGCACUGCUGUCACCUGACCAGCCUGCAGGAGCCAGCGGGGCCCUGGAGCGACAAGAGGUUUGCCGCAUCCAGGAUCGCUUACUGGAGCCGGGACAGCUGGGUGGCGCUGCUGUGUGAUCGUGUCCCUGUGGUCUACAUCUUCCAGCUGGAGGCCCCCGGGCGGCAGCUGGUGUACAAGCAGCAGCUGUCUUUCCAGCACAGCGUGUGGGACGUUGCUUUCGAGGAGAGCCGGGGGCUGUGGGUGCUGCAGGACUGCCGGGAAGCCCCCCUCGUGCUCUGCAGGCCUGUGGGCGGCCAGUGGCAGCCUGUGCCUGAAGACUCCGCGGUGAGGACCGUCUGCACGCAGCUCCGCGGGCACUGGGCCAUGCUGGAAGGCGCUGCCAGCGUGGACGAGGGCUUUAGCAGCCUGUACAAGGCCACCUUUGACAACGUGACCACUUACCUGAAGAAGAAAGAGGAGAGGUUGCAACAGCAGCUUCGAAAGAAGCGGCAUAAGAACCCGCCCCCUGGGCCCAACGGGCAGACCAAGAAGGUGAAGGCCGGGGAGGCGUCCUGGAGUGGCUCAUCCUAGCCCUGGUGAUGGCUCUGACCUCGAGAAGCAGAGAAACUUUAACUUGCCCCCUCCUUGCCAGCAGCUCCCUGUGAGGGAAAGGGGCACAUCACUGCCUACUCCGCUUGGUGGCAGUGAGGUCCAUACAGCUCCCAGACUCCUGGGCUGGCCCAGUAACUGAGGGUGUCCCGGGCUCUAGAACAUUCUGUCGCUGAGCAGAGGUGUCUUGAGCAUCCUCUGGUUGCCCGGAAGCCGGAUGGAGAGACCUGCAGGUGAGCAGCUCGGUGCCGGGAAGCACUCCAUCUUCAUGGUGGGGGACCUGAGAACCGUUCCCUGGCACUGGUUGGUUUUUCUGCUCUUCCCAUAAUGCACCCUUCCCUCCAGGGAGUCCAUACAGUUGGUGUCACAGUGGCGUGAGGGGCAUUUGCAUUUUCCCAUCAGCGGUCUUUCUGGAGGGUGGAUGGCACUCUCCGCAGCGCUGUUCCCUACACAGGCCGUCAGCCUGAGCAGCAGGGAGUCUCAGUGCCCCCCCAGCCUGGCAUGUGUCCGCCCCAUGCAGCGAGGGCUCCUGCUCGGCUGCAGGCGUGCAGGCUUGGCGGGCGCAGCGGAGAACUGGACUGUCUCAGGACACGAGCACAUGUAGAAUGGGAGAUCUGCAGGGAAAUGCUUGAUGACACGUGCAUUGAUUGAUUUGAACUUUGGGCACACGUCACAGAGAGCAGGGUGUCAGCGGAAUUAAAUCGCCAAUCAAUAAAGAUGAGCUUUUGCAGCUUCUGAAGUGUU